CGCCAUGGUCUUCUAAGUUCACGCUGCUCAGUUUGGCGCCUUGAUGAAGCCUGAACUUCUCAUUGUGAGCUAAAAGCAUGACACCGAGCAGAGAAGCCAUGCCUUCUCUCAUCGACAAGACGAUGAGGAUGAGGAGGGAAGAGCAGGAGCGGCAGGUUGUCCUUGCUUGGGCAGUUCUGAAUGUGUCUCUUGCUGGGAUGAUUUACACAGAAAUGUCAGGAAAGCUGCUCAGUAGAUAUUACAACAUAACAUACUGGCCAAUCUGGUACAUUGAACUUGCCCUGGGCUCCUUGUUCAGCCUUAAUGCAAUCUUUGAUUUUUGGAAGUACUUCAAGUACACCAUGGCACCUUCAACCAUCGCUGUCACUCCAGAGCAGCAUCAUCUUCUUGGUCUCCGCAACUCCGGAAUUCAGGCCUCCCCACCCCAGAAGCCAGAGAAGAAAGAACCUCCAGUACCUCCCCAGUCAUCUCCCCUGCAGGGACAGAAUGUGCUUAGUUUUAGUCCAGCACGGCCCCCCAGCUCGAGCCCAAAGUUCUCCCCCAGCUGUGUGUCUGGAUACAGCCCGCCUCUGAGCAACCCCUCCUCACCAGGCAGUGGGGGACCCUUUUCUCCAGCCAUGGCCUUUGGCAAAGUACUGAACUACAGUCCAUCUACCAGCUCCUCUCCUUAUCCCAGUAGCCUGGGUCCAGUGGAGGGCACCAGCCUGCGGGCACGCUACCGGACCUCCCCCUCUGUUUUCAGUUCUCCAGGAGGGAAGGAAGAUUACAUGGAUGACCUUAAAAGCUUGGAGAAGUUUCUUCGCUCAGAAGAGGAGAAGAGCCAUCGGAGUCAACUUGGGAGUCCUGAGUCGGCAUCUCCAUCACAUAGUCCAACGUUCUGGAAUUACAACCGUUCAGUGGGAGACUAUGCCCAGAGCUUGCGUAAGUUUCAGUACCAGCCGGCCUGUCGCUCCCAGGCUCCCUCUGCUCACAAAGAUGAAACUGAGCUGGGUUCUAAACAAGCUGCUGAGGAGGUCUGGGCGCGCAUCACAACCAGUCGCGUGGUUACUGACAGCAUUGACAGCUGGACUGCCAAACUAAGAAAUUGGAUAAAUGACACCAUUCUGGUGCAUCUAGUGAAGGAGGUAGAAUCUACCAAUAGCCAGCUGAGGAGAAUGGGCUGUCCUGAACUCCAGAUAGGAGAGGCCAGUAUUAGCAGUCUCAAACAGGCUGCUGUAGUCAAAGCUUCUGCGAUCCCCACUCUUAAUGCCAUUGUGCAGUACCUGGACAUCACACCCAACCAAGAGUAUCUGGUAGAGAGGAUAAAGGAACUGGCCCACAGUGGCUGCAUGAGCUCCUUUCGCUGGAAUGGAGGUGGGAACCUGAAGAACCGGAAGUGGGACACAGACCUCCCAACUGACUCAGCUAUCCUUAUGCAUAUUCUGUGUACAUACCUGGACUCCAGGCUUCCUCCCCAUCCAAAGUACCCAGAUGGGAAAACCUUUACAUCUCAGCAUUUUAUCCAGACACCACACAAACCAGAUCUUUCCAACGAGAACCUCUUCUGCAUCCAUCAAAGCAGCACCAACCCACCUCACUAUCAGCUUAUCUAUCAGGGCCAUAUCUACAGCCUGCCCAAGGGCAGAAAUAACUUGUUCCACACGGUCCUUAUGUUCCUUUUCAUCAUCAAAACCAAGGAGUCUGGGAUGCUGGGGAGAGUCAAUCUGGGGCUUUCGGGAGUGAACAUUCUUUGGAUAUUUGGGGAUUGAUAUCGCCAUGUUACUACAAAGUAAAUCAAACACUGAAAUGGUCACUUGAAGAGCAAUACAUUGCACAAGUCUGUAUGUCAUUACUAAUUUGAUAUUAGAUAUUUUUGCUCUUAGAAUUUGCAGUGAUGUUGCAUGCUUCAGAGAAACAUGCACAGUGCUUUGGUUCCUUAACCAGGAACUUUAACUGUAGCCCAGCAUGAGGCACUGAAACUAUUUUCUGUAAAGAAUGUUUUUAAGCUACGACACACAGGAAACUGUUAACAGCUUAGAUUACAGUGUGAGUCAACACACAGUGUGGCUCUUUUCUGCCUUUGUACAUAAUCUGCAUGUUGUUUGGCUUUGUUUGAUACAAAGCUAUAGACCUUUUUGGUUAUGAAUGUGUGUAAAGUGGUGUACUGUUUUAAUAUAUAUACAUAUAAAAUGCUUAUUCAGGCUUUAGCUAGUUGUGUGUUGUGGGUUCCAUGCUCUAAGCAAGCAUUUUCCCAAAAUUUUUUUUUGCUUUUUCCGGUCUACAUUUCUGCCCGUAUCCUUAACACAAACCUCAUAUUACAUAAAUGGAAACCACUGAAUACACAACACCCAACAGUAACCAAAAUCAUUAAUUUAUUGUGGAAACAUAGGUAAUCCUCAAUGCCUUCACUGGUUGCUGGUUAUACUACCAUCAGCAGUGACAAGAGAGCAGCUCUUUUUGCUGUAAGUGAUCAGUCUCGUACACCAGCAUUGAAAAUCUUUGGUCUGAUCAGGAUUUGAUUGUUUACCAAAGUAUUCAACUGGCUAACCACAGUUUUGCUUAGAGUAGAGGUUGUCAGAGGGGGCAAUUAUUUUAAUCACCCUGAAGAUCCUUUUGCUGUGUAUAUAAUUGAGACUUGCAAGGGUGUUUUUUUAAAUAGUUUUUUAGUUUUAGUUACAGAAUACAAAUGCAAUAGUUAAUACAUGUUUUACAUUUUAAAACAGUGCCAAAUGAUGCAUUUUGAUACCAAUAAGACCUUUAUCAUGUUACCCCUUUAAGGGCCCAUGUACUGCUUUUUUUCUCCUUCAUUUUCCAUUGCCUUAUUCAAAAAGUAGUCUGGGCUGAAAUACUCCUUGUAACUCCAAUGUGAAAAGGUGGAACUAAAUUUCUAUAUGCUGAAUAGGAAGAUGGAUGUAAAUGAUUUGGUUUUUCUUAACGCACAAACACUGAAUUUAAAACAGGUUGAUCUCGCAGCUUAGUUUCCAUAUAUUGACUGAGGAGAUGAUACUUUAAAAUGUUUACAUACUGAAUCGACUUUAUUACGAAAGAGUGAGGAAAAUUUUCUAUUGUGUGGGCCCUUUAAAGGGAUGACAUGUUCUACACACCUCUUCUUGUGUUUGUUGAAGUACCUUUUACUGCUUGAUUGUUACUUACACUCUUCUGUGUUCUCACCUUCAGUAAGGGGCUUCUGUAAACUCUUGCAGGGCUGCCAACACCUUUUUGGAUUUCAAUUGCCAGAAAGACACAUUUUGUAUAAUCUUCAGUUCUUCUUUGGAGAAGGGACAGGAACAUUUUUGUCUGAAAUGAACUGUAAUAAA